AUGCUCUCGCUGGAGAAGAACCGCCACGACAUGAUCGCAGGCGCAAUCGCGGGCUCGGUCACGGCCAGCAUGUGCUGCCCGCUGGACGUGGCCAAGACGCGCAUCCAGGCCCAAGGCGGCGUCUUGGCGUUUAGCAAGUACAAUGGCAUCUUCCGCAGCGUGCAUACGAUCUACGUCGAAGAAGGUGUGCGCGGCAUGUACCGCGGCUACUCGGCGGCGAUGCUGAGCUUCCCCGUGUACUUUUCGCUCUACUUUCCGACCUACGAGUGGGUCAAAGCGCAGUUCAACACGACAGCGUUGAGCAAC